GCGAUGUAUAUAAUUUUGUUUUGAAUCGUGUUUUUAAAGAAUUUCUGUAUUGUUCCAACACUAGACCUUCCCCAACUGUCAAAGAUAAUAAACUUAAGUCUCCUUAAUUCAUCAGGAACCAAGAACCAGCGGUCUUCGUUACAAUAUUUCAUCAUUUCGUCCGUCUUGUAAACUGUGUUAUGUCGUGGACAAUAUUUUGACAGAAAGCUACGUGUUUCCAAGUAUAUUGACGGAUGAAUCGUCUGAAAAAUGUCUCAGGAGGGUGUAGAGAGUGUUCUAGUGAAGGCGGAGCCACCCUCCGAGUACACAGAACAAUUUGAUUUAGAACUUUCGGCAGAGGACGAAGUUGCCAGCUUACAACUCCAGCAUGAAGUGGGAGAGCAAAUUGAAAUUGAGAUCGGCCCCGAACUGUAUCUGGAAUCUGGUGAACUGUUAGAGUGUUCAGGUUCAGCUCAAGAUGAAGAAGAGACGCAAGAAUCUUCCAUCCUUAGAAAAACCCUUGUUCACGGCAAGAAUCCAAAAAAAUAUAAAUGUAGCAUAUGUAAUUUCUCUAGUCCGAAUAAGAAAAAUUUAAAAAGUCAUUUUGCGACUCAUUCUAAGGAGUUAAAACCGUAUAAGUGCGAUUAUUGUGCGUACACCGGAGCCAGACCUGUUGAUUUGACUCGACAUCUAAAGAUGUGGAAACACUUUUAAAUGUGACUGUGCUACGCUUGUGUUAGUGUGUUCUAAGACAUUCACUCAUGGUGAAAACCUUAUAGAUUUUUUUUAAAUUAUAAAUGGGCUUACUCUUGGCCACAGACUAGCCAAAGGCAAAGAUGUGACCUACGAUGGA